GAUUCCCACGCGGCAUCUGGGAGAACUUGGUCAUCGUACGAAGGCAGGGAUCGAACCUGUCAUAACUCAAUUCCCUUCCCAGUCGAAAGAAAGCGUCCAUGUCUUACUUUCCCGACCUCAAAGACGAGUCCGUGGUCGGCGAGCCUGCUGCGGCAAACCCCACGGUAAACUUGUUAGACGACGCGAACUACGUUCGUAGCCCGUGGAAGAACGGGCUGGGAGAAACGCAUCAGAUAGCCAUAAGCCCACCGACCGCAGACUUUGAAGCCGAUGAUUUCCUAUGGCGGCUCCAGCUGUCCGAGGUCAGGGAUUCCUGCUCGCUCUCAGUCUACCCGGGCUACGAUAUCGCGUUGUUGCUGCUGCCCACCGAUAAGCCUGCUCCCAGCGCGCGUAGGAACUCCGUCACAUCCCCGGUAGCCCUCCAUCACAACGACCAGGCGACGGCGGUGCCGUUGCGCCCGCUUCAGCCAUACACUUAUAGCGGGGAAUGGCCUACAACCUGCCGUUUGAGGACAUCGCCCGUCCGCCAUCUUACUUUCAUCGCUAAUCGCGAUCGCACACGCGUCUCGGCAACGCUGGAAAACAUUUGCUUGCAUGGUUUACACUCGGAUGGCGAAUGUGGUGCGGAACAUGAAAUCAAUGGGAGUGGGGCUCCACGCUCAGCUUCCCCGGAGCCGAUAGAUGAUGAUACGUCCGCUGUGGGUCGGCAACCUUCGAAGCCCAACGGGUCAUCCGGGCCACAGUCCAGCAGUAAAAUGCUCCUGGGCAACACAUCAAUCCUUUACGUCGUAACCGGAACCGUCAAAGUAAACGUCGAAGGCAGCGACAAGCCCUACGUCGUCAAAACCGGCCAAACCCUCAUAUGCCACCGCGAAGACGACGCCAGCCCAACCGACCUCACCAUGAAACCCGUCCAACUCGACGGCACCGACUUCCCCAAAGAAACAGACCACCAAGACGCCAGCGUCCUCAUCAUCCAAAUCAACCACAUUCAACGCCAACGCCGCGAGUCCUCCCUCGCGGACCUCGGACCCGUCCGUCCGCGCGGCCGUACAGGGUCUAUCAUCGUAUACGACGACCAACCGAUCCCCGUCUACUCCGACCCCUCCGCCACCCCGCAAUUACCCACGAACCCCACCUCCCCCUCCGAGAUGCCGAUACGCAACUGGGACUCGGCGAGGCAUUACAAACCGCCCGUGUUUUCGUCGCGCUUCCAGAAUGAGAGCGAGGUCCCGCCUGCGGUUGGGUUGAGCGAGUGGUUGCGGAUACCGGUUAUCGUCGCAAGGGGCAAAGAGGAAGGACCCGUGGUCGGGAUAACAGCCGUAGUCCACGGCAACGAACUCAACGGCGUCCCAUGCAUCCACCGCGUCAUCUCCGACAUUGAUGUCUCCUUCCUCCGCGGCACCGUCGUCGCCGUCCCCUGCGUCAACGUCCCCGGCUACCUCCGCUACACGCGCGAAUUCUCCGACGGCAAAGACCUCAACCGCCUCUUCCCCGGCUCACCCACGGGAACCUCAUCCCAGAUAUACGCGUAUAACUUGAUGCAGAAGGUGGUGAGGAAGUUUGAUUACCUGAUUGACCUGCAUACGGCAUCUUUUGGGCGGGUGAAUAGUUAUUAUGUCCGGUGUGAUAUGAACGAUGCCAGGAGUGCGAGUAUGGCAAAGUUGCAGCAGCCGCAGAUUAUUUUGCAUAAUAGUGGGCAGGACGGUGAGUGUUGGGUCUCUGUGAGAGGGGAGACCGUGUCUGUCCCAUCAGUACCGCAUUGGACUCAAAGUACAAAACCAAACCCUCAUCUCCCUCUCGACCACACAGGCGCCCUCCGCUCCGCAGCAAUGUCCCUCUCCAUCGCCUCCAUAACCGUCGAAAUCGGCAACCCCCAACUCUUCCAAAACCAAUUCGUCCAAUGGUCCUACCAAGGCGUCAUGCGUAUCCUCUCCUGGCUCUCCAUGUUCACCCCCACUGUCCCAAUAACCCAUAUCCCCGACGCCCUACCGCCAUCCAGUACCAUUUUGUGUUCAAAGGGGUAUUGGAUCUAUACGCGCACGGGCGGGGUGCUGGAAGUGUAUCCGGGCGUGAACAGUGUGGUGAAGAAGGGGGACCUGGUGGCAAGGAUCAAGAAUAUUUUCGGGAACAUUGUGGAUGAGGUGUUUGCUCCCGGGACCGGUGUCACGAUUGGAAGAAGCUCGAACCCGGUCGCGAUGGCGGGCGACCGUGUGCUGCAUAUGGGCGUUAUCAAGAGGGAGGGGGAGGUGUUGGCGAAGGAGGCGAAGGAGAAUUACUGAGAAGCCUCCACCCCCCCAACCACCCGCCCUCGGUUGGCUGUUGCAUUCCCGGGAAGCAGAAGAGAACUUUGCGGGUGGCAAAACUUUUUCCCACAGACCUUCUGCCUGAUUCUGAGAAAAAUCACCCACUCGGCUGGUCUGGGUGAAUGGACGCCCGAGCAGCCAGACACUACUAGAUCUAGUCUAGUCUCUCGGACAGGUGACGGAAAGGGGAGCGGGGUGGAUACCACUCCCCCCUCGCACACCCCGUAGAGUCAAGGGCAUCGGGGGACCCCCAUUUUGUGGUUCUGGUUCCAUACACCCCACAUGGACCGGUUUUAUUUAGAGUGUCGGAUAACUCCUUCUAGCGAUCCUGUG